UAAGAGGAAAAUCUCGGAUGAAAUGUAUAAAAAGUCAACAUGAUUAAUAGAUGAUACCGUCAUAUAUAAAUAGAGAUUAUCAAAGGCAAACAAAUUUAGAUAUAAGGAUAAUCAGACAGAGAGCCUACACAGUUGUAAUUUCCAUAGCUGUAAUGGCGUAAGGAGAUAAUUGAUGAUGGGCUGCUGCUGGGAAAAGCGCAUGACUGGACAUCCAGUGUGAUUGUCCUUUGCUUCUUCGGGCCUAGGGUUUCAACUUUUCAAGGUUCCAGACUUAAAAGCUGUUCGGGGACAGAGUAGCUUUUCUGCAGAUCCGAUGAAACCUAUGAAGGAAGAUUCAGUAAGGCGUAGUGAUCAUGUAGUAACUCCCUCAUUUCAAGUGCUCGACUCUUGCAAACUUGCACAACUCUUCAGUUCCUGGAUCCUUAUUUGGCAGUGGAAGAAUUACAUGGCCUCAGUUCAAGGGAAAUGAACAAGCUUUUGAGGGAUUCUGACAAUUUCUCUUUGCGUGUCAAUACAGGCAAAGGUUCCUCCAUGCAGGUAAAUAUGGAAAAAUUAGCUGGAUGCUUGCCUCUGCACCUUUUAGCGGUGCUUGUAUCUUCCAGUGGGGGGGAGGGACCCAUACGACUGCGAUAUCUGUUACAUAGUGUUCGACUCUUGUAUUCUCUUGGUGAUCUUGCUUCUCGACAUGCCAAACUUGAGCAGAUGUUGCUUGAAGAUCCGAAGGCAACUGAGCAAAUUUUGGAUUUGGUGAUCUACAUACUUCUGGUUCUUGCACGUUUUGAGCCGGAAGGCCGUGUUGGGAGCUUCUUGACUCUUCAUCAACACGCAGCUUUGGUUGCAUGCAGUCUUCAUCUCUUAACUGUUUAUGUGUCUCCUCAAUGGCAAGAUAUUGCAAAUGUGCUGCUUGCACAUUCAGAGGUGGACAUAUUUAUGGAUGCUGCAUUUGAUGCAGUAAGAAAAGACAUUAUUUAUUUCCAAAUUAAAUUACGUACAUUGAAUGCCAAAAUAAUGACCAAGAAAACCACCCUUCUUGCUGCUGAAAGAAUAGCACACAUAGCUUCCCAGCAUUGUGAAGCUUCUUUGCAAGUUCUUCAGUCACUUUGCCUACACACGUUAUUUAGAGAGCGGCUUCUCAAAAAUAAGGAACUGUGUAGGAAUGGAGGCAUACUUUUGUUGGCAUUAUCUGUUCUGAAAUUUCAAAUGCCAUCAAGUUUCACAGACUCAUCAUAUGUGGUUGCUUCUGUGUCUCGUCUAAAGUCCAAAGUUCUAUCAAUUUUAAUGCAGCUUUGUGAGACGGAAAGUUUCUCAUAUUUGGAUGAAGUUGCAAGCUCACCUAGGAGUAUGCGUUUGGCAGUAUUAGUAGCAUCAGAGGUCCUUGAUUUGCUCAAAGGAAUAUUGCAUAAAGAAUCCACACAAGUUGAGGGUUCUUCAGACAAUAUUCCGAAAGGUCAUCUGCUUCUCAAUUCAAUGCGACUGGCUGAUAUUUUCUCAGAUGACUCUAAUUUUCGUUCAUUUAUAAUGAAUAAGAUUACACAAGAUCUAGCUGAUAUAUCAGCUUUACAUCCAUCAGAUUUUUUAGCAAGUUGGUGUGCCGAUGAUACACAAGUGUUUGAGGAAGAUGCAACUCUUGUUUAUGAUCCUUUCCGUGCUGCUGGUACUGCUAUGCUAUCACUUAAAGGUGGUGGAUCUGUUUCAUCAGGCCCAGCAGCUGGACUCCCAAAUAAGGCCACCAGUAUUCGCAAUCUAGUAGGGAAUUGCAUGCCACCUACUUCUCAUUCUCAGCAAAAGACAGCAUUUCUGGUCAAAAUAUUUGCAAAUUUACACUGCUAUGUCCCAGAUAUUUGUAAAGAGCAAGAGAAAAAUCAAUUUUUCAAAAAGUUUAUUCAAUGCUUGUCCUUAGGACCUCUUAAUCCUACAAGCAAACUAUACUUUUGGUCAGAAGCACAAACUGCUGUUAGAAUAUGUGAAAACCUUUGUAGCUUAUGGGAUCAUGCAAUGCCUCUAAUUCCCAGUUUGUUGAACGAGGAAGAUGUUAUACUUCUCAGUGAGUUCCUUCUACAGUUGCAUAAAUCAAUAUGUCCUGGACAGCCACAAAAUGGUGCUAUUCAGGAGGAACCUAUGGUUGAAUAUUUAAGAGAAAAGCAUGAUAACAAGUUCAAGGUCACAUUUGAGAAGCACCAGCCAUAUGAGUGCUAUACAAAAUCUCACAAUAGUCCUGAAAUUGAUGAAAAAGAUCAGAUAACCACCGGAAUUUCGAUUGACAGAGAUAUUGAGAAUCAGCCAUCUGCUCAUGAAGUCUCGGAGAAAGAUGUCCGCCAGAUAUCUGAGGAAGCUGUUAGCACUGGAGGAUGUGGACCAUCAACUGAGAGAAAACAAGAAGGAAUAAUGGUAGAUGAAAACUCAAGUUUGCAAAAUGUGAAGAGGGAGCCUGAAGAAAAUAAUGAAAUAGAUGAUAUCGAUGCUAUCUCCCAAAUGGUAAAUGUUCAAUUUCAAGUGGCCCAAUUUAAGGAGACAAAAGUUGAUAUUCAAGAAGUAGAUCAAUACAAGGAGAUGGAAAUUGAACAAGCAAGUACUAAGAAUGAAAUCUUAGAUCCAGAUGAGAACCAGGAGGCUAUAAACAGUAGUACUAGAAGUGAAGUAGAAAGUGCUCCUGAGAUUGAUCACAAUGAUAAGAAUCUUGAAAUCAGAAAUGAAGAUAAUUCAAUGGCCAUGGACAAGGUCUACUUUUACAACCAAGAUGCUUCAAGGGAAACUGGAGAAAAUCAAAACCGUGUUGAUGGUGAAAAGGAGGAUGAAGGUGCUGGAUCGAUGGCACAAGCAACAGAGAGGGUUGAUACCAACAUUAGUGAGGACAAACAACCAAAGAAAAGAAAACGGAAUGUUAUGAAUGAGCAGCAAAUAGCUUUAAUUGAGGCUGCUCUCCGGGAUGAACCAGAAAUGCAGCGAAGUGCACAUUUAUUACAAUUGUGGACAGAAAGACUCAGGGAAUAUGGUAGUCCAGACCUUACAACCUCACAGCUCAAGAACUGGCUGAAUAAUAGGAAAGCCAAGUUAGCUCGUCUGGCACGUGAAUCUCGUACUUCUGAUGGUGAAAAUAUGUCAGAUAGGAUUUAUCUACCAAGGUCUUCUCCUGCUAUAAGUGGUGAACAUGGUGUUGUGAUGGGAUCGUUUUAUGACUCACCGGAAAGCAAUACAGGUGAGGACUUCUAUGGAACAUCUGCAGGCCCAAGAAGAGGUAAUCAGUCAGGACGGUUUCCCACACCAGUAAAUUCAAGAUCUUCAGCUGAAGAUCUUCAUGGUAUGCCUCCUGUAGAAUAUGAAUUUGCUGAACAUGUGAGAGUUUCAGUUACUCCUCCACCUUUGUAUCCAUCCGUAAGGUUUGUCCCAUGUGAAGCUGGACAGCUUGUCUCACUAAGAGAUGAGUCUGGUGUAGAAGUUGCUCAUGGGAUUGUUCUCCAAGUAGAAGGUAGGUGGCAUGGCAGACAACUGGAUGAGCAGGGUCUGUGUGUUGUGGAAAUUAUUGCCCUUAAGGUUGACAGAAGGGAAAGGUUGCCACAUCCAUCAGAUGUUUCUGGAACCACCUUUGAGGAAGCAGAAACCUUGAAUGGAAGAAUGAUAGUUGUUUGGAACACACACAAAAUACUUUUGUUGCCACCUCCAAAUAUAGAGUAACUGAACAGUUUGUAUGUUUUGUACUGGUUAGGCAACAGGGCCCAAAAUGUGAUAUAUAUGUGACAAACACAAAACGCAUCUGAAUGGUGUAUUUAGAUUUAUUUUGAGGGAUUCAGUUAUAUUUCCUCAUUCUGUGUCAGAAGGCUCUGCUGCUCUUGGAUUCCAGGGAGAUGAAUUAUAGGAUCAAAAGCAUGAGGGAUCUUUCCAAAUUGUAAGUAUUACGAAUUGUGGCGAAUUGUUUUGCAUGAGAUACACAAAAUCAGUGACCGUUGGCAAGGUAGUCCACAGAGCUUCAUACUUCACUAACAUUUACCAUUCCACAAAAUACAGGAAGACUGAAGCAUUGGUCUGUGGAAUUACAAUACUCCUAAUUGUUGGAGUUCCAAAAAAACAGUUAAUUAGCCAUAUUGUACAACAUAUCGUUCUUUUCUCUCUUCUCAACUGUAAUCUGUAAAUGUGCUUUUUUGAAGUUUUUCCUUCAUUUUGUUUUCAGUGAUGCAGAAUGUUGAAGAGAUGAUUUAAAUUCAUUAUUUGAAACAGAUGUAUUUUUUAUAUAAUCAUAAUCAGCAGGGCAUUCUUUUCACCAUG